UCUCCGCAAUCUCUCUCUCUUCAUUCAAACUCUCAGCAAAUCUCAAUUAAGGAACAGCAGCAGCAAUGGCUAUGGCUAAGGACCCAACAACAUAUGGCGGCCGAGGUGGCAACCUUUUCGAUGAUGGUGUCGAGAACGUGAACAUUGUUGGAAUUCGCACUGUGAACAUUCGAUCUGGAAACCAAAUGGAUGCCAUUCAAGUGGACUAUGUGCUCUCCGAUGGCUCUGUCUACAAAGGUCCCUUUCAUGGUGGCUGUGGAGGAUCUGCCUCAACAAUCACUCUGGCUAAUGGCGAAUGGAUCUGCAAGGUGGAGGGGAAGACCAACGGCAGCCUCGUCGAUCAGCUGACCUUAUCCAUCAAGAAUGCAGCCGGUACUAUCAGGAAGGAAGGACCGUUCGGAAAAACGGGAACAACUGUUUUCAUGAAAGAAGGAAAUAUCGUCGCUCUUCAUGGAGGGGCAGGAGACCUUCUCGAUCGCAUUGGAUUCUACGAUUUGGAAGAUUUGGCUCGUCCUAUGUCCAAGUCCAGGAUUUUCGGUGGAUCUGGAGGCGGGACUUUUGACGAUUUCGCCACUGAAUCUGGCAUUGUUGGAAUCCAGAAGAUUUACAUUCGUGCAGGAAACCAAGUGGACGGGAUUCAGGUUGUCUAUCGGCUUGCUAAUGGGCGGACCUGGACCAGUGGCCGACACGGGGGAGGCGGUGGAACAGCCUACUCCUUCUCUGUCGGAGUGGGCGACUUCAUUUCCAAAAUUGAGGGCAAGACAAACGGAACACUGGUUGAUCAGCUUACCUUUACUGUGACCAAGGACAACGGCUCUACAACAAUUCAUGGCCCCUACGGCAGAACUGGGAAAACUCCUUUCUCUGUGGCAGGGAAUGUUGUCGCCCUCUGUGGCCGUGCUGGCAAUCUCCUCGAUGGUGUCGGCUUCUAUUUGUAUGCGCCACUGACAAGGAGCAAACAAUUUGGAGGAAGUAACGGAGAUGCUUUCAACGAUGACCCCAACACGCUCACUCUCCCUGAGGCUGGCCCUGGUUUGAAGAUCUCCAAGCUGUACAUCCGAUCCGGCAACCAAGUGGACAGCAUUCGAGCUGAGUAUGUUGCCCUCGGAGGAAGCGUUGUCAUUGGUCCUUCGUUUGGUGGCACUGGCGGGUCUCCCCAAGUCAUGGACGUGGGAAUGGACGAAGUAAUCGAGAAGAUGGAGGGGAUGACAAAUGGUCAGCUCAUUGAUCAGGUUACCUUCACCAUGAGGAACACCAAGGGAGUGAGACGCACUGCCGGGCCCUAUGGUAAGACUGGAAAGACACCAUUCUCUGUCACUGCUCCUAACGCCAUCCACGGAUUCUAUGGCCGGGCAGGAAACCUCAUAGAUGCUCUUGGAGUCUACUACAACUGAGGCUAGAGAAAAGUGAAGAAAAGUGAAAAUAACAUUGUUUAGAAUGAGACUAUAUUUACUAUCUGUCUAUAAUAGCUAGAAUUGAUUUUGUUGAUCUUGAAUUGAAGAAUAAUUAUUGUGUCAAACUGA